GGCGCAGGCCGUGAGGGGUGCAGCGCGCCUGCGCGGGGUGGCCGGGGGUCGAGGUCGGCGGUAUGUCCGUGUUCCACGAUGAGGUGGAGAUCGAGGACUUCGAGUACGACGAGGAGACCGAGACCUACAGCUACCCUUGUCCCUGCGGGGACCGCUUCCUCAUCUCCCGGGAGGACUUGGAGAACGGCGAGGACGUGGCCACGUGCCCCAGCUGCUCGCUCCUCGUGCGCGUCAUCUACGACCAGGAACAGUUUAUGCGUGACGAAAUAGUCUCAGAACCUACAACAAGCAAGGAAUUGGUUAAAUGCUGAUGAAUACUGUAUGGACUCUGCUGCCGUUCAGUAAAAAUAUUGUGGGUAUGUCAACGUGAAGAAGACCCAAAGAGUGUUUCUAAAGUGUUUGCUGCUACUCUUAUCAAGCAGUUGUGUCAGUAGUUUGAGAGAGAAUGAAAUGAGACAGCAAAAUGUUAGCAGACUUUGCACGUAAAGGAGCAAAUAGUGACCGUAGAACAUUGAUUGUUCAGAACAUCAAUUAACUGGAAGGUUUUGCACAGUUUUAACAAAGAAAAAUGUUGUGCUUGUCAGUAAAAUAAGUUCUGUGUCCAGAAUUCUGACUUGUACGAGUGUUCAGUAAUCUGAGGCUCAUUUUCUGGCAUCAGACAGCACUUGGGUUUUGCUUGUUGAGAUAACUGCUAUUUACUAGUACUUUUGAGAAACUGAAGAUCGCACUUCGCUAUUGUAAGUUGUAUGCAGUAGUCACACUUUUGCCAGGGUGCCCAAGCGGAAGUGUGUUGUUCUGUCCAUGAAGCAGAAAGUUGAGAUUUAUAGAAAAGCUAAAGAAAGGGGAAUCGGCCUCAAAACUAUUGGACAACUAUAAUGUUGGUCUAUCAACAGUUUAUGUCUUGAAGAAAAA